CCCUUAGCAGAGUGUACACAUUCUUCUCGGCGAGUGGUCUGAAAAUGUUUAUUUCUCUUUUUAGCCUUCGUACAGGCUGGUCCUGAACAAGGUUUUAGCGAGACUGGCCGUCCACACAUAAGUAAACAAGAUGGGGAUGCCAGACCUGAGUGCAAUCUUCGAUAUUCUGGACCCCGUUGGCAAUGGCUACCUAGUCCUGGAGCAGAUAAGGCAGUUUCAUCAGACACUCAACUUUACUCCUAUAUCCAAGCAGCAUGUACAGGCAGCCAUUUUAGAGAUAUGUCAAAGCAAGGAUGACAAGGUAUACAAGGAGUACUUUGCCCAGGUGUUAAGAGAGCUAGACAGGAGACGACAGGUGGAGGAACACGCACACUGGGAGUUUGAACUCUUGGACUGCAACGGCAAUAACAGGAUAUCUCUGAAAGAUGCUCUCUUCUUGUUCAAAGUCACACACGGGGAGAAGUUUUCUCUGCAUACUUGGAAGCAGUUCUUAGCAUCAAGGUCCACAUCCCAGCACAAGGAUGUGUGUUUUGAUGAGAUCAAGAUGUGGCUGUGUAACCGGCCCUCUGGAGAACCCUGUACCAGCAACGAGUACCAGUCCGCAGAGGAGGAGCUGGAACAGCGACAGAGGGAGGAGGACAGGGCCGAGUUUGAGAAUACUAAGAAACUAGGGGAAGAUGAAUACAGUCUUGCAACAGAAGCCAGAGAACGUGAAAAUUACAGGGAGCAAACACUCAAACAAGCCAGAAGAAAGCUGAACAAAUGGCAGAAGGAGGGACUGAAAGGUCUCCUCCAUGACGACGGCCUUGAUCGCUAUGACGAUGAGGGACCCCAGAGGGAGCGGCACAGUGUCAGCAUUAAUGAGCUACUGGACGCCCUGGACUACAAGUAUGACCGCCUCAGAGACAUGCUGUUCUGGACCAUGCUUAAAAUGCACAUUGGCGAUGCCUUGUGGUCCUCCAUGUCAGAGAGUGAGCAUUUGGAGCAGUUCCAGCACCUGAAGGUGCGUGAGAAACAGCUGCGCAAAGAUAACCAAUUAGAAGCCAUGGCUCAUCAGCUGCAUGGUGGACAAACUACCCAGGAUGCAACACUUCUGAUGAUCAUGGGAGAGACUGAUAGUAAACAUGCAGCUCAUGUGGUGGAAAUAGAUAGGAGGAGAAUGGACCUGGUGGCAGAGGGAAAACUGCAGGAUCAGAUCCAUGACAUAUUGGAGAGAGAAUACAGGCAAUCCCUAGAGGUUGGUCCCACAACCAGUGCUCAUCUCCUCGUCUCCCUCCACGCUCGCUACACCCAGGAGAGAGAACGCCUGCUGGAGCUGGCCAAGCCUAACAAAGAUGGCCACAUCUCGUCCAGUCUUCUGCUGCUAGAGUAUUGUAAGCUGUUACGUCAGCACUCGAUACUGGGAGAGGAAGAACCCUGGGCCAUCUCAGCGCUGGCCGUGGGUCUGGCUGAGAGAAAACAACAGGCUGAUGCUGAGAACGGAUUUGAUGUCGAUCACUCCCGCCAGGAAGCGCUGGCUGAUGAGAGGAUAAAGCUAGGAAAGGGGCGCAAAUCGCAGAAGGUCGCUGAGACUAGUGCUGACCCCUGGAAGGGGAGAUCUCCCGGAGUGGUUGACCUCCAGGUGGAGACUGUGGCAGAGCUUUCUAAGAAGCACUUCAAGGAGAGAGAGAUGAUGCUUCAAAUGCUACAAGGCAAGCAAGCAGAAUCAUACAAAAUGGAAGCCAAGAAAUUUUCUACCAUUGAGCGAAAGAAGAGGCUUACAAUUCUGCGUAGUCAGCGUGAUAGCUGGAGUCGGAGCACCGCUGAAUAUCGAUCUUCCCAGCAUGCUGUGCUCGUCAAUAUUCUACACGAAGGUGUCGCCAUCUAUCGAGAAGACACGAGAUCUGAGCUGUCUGCCAGGAGAGAUGAUUUGGAAGACGAGGACAGGAUGAAUGGCAUCCUCCUGGCGCGUCUGCAGUUGGAACAAGACGAAGAAUUCUGGAGAAUUAUAGCCGAGAUGCAACACAGGACCUCAGAAGAGAUCAACAAAAUGCGUAAACACGAGAGGAAGGCCCGCAUAGAGGAGCACUACGACAACAUCGCCACACUGGUUCUGGGGACCUUUGAGGCCAGUAAGGAGGAGAAGGAGUACAUUGCAGCCCUGGAGGAGAAAUACGAGGCUCUCAGGGACAGACUGCUGGUGUUUGCCCUGAAGUUACAACAUCAGGAGGAGUGGAAAGAGUUUACCACAGAAGACAAGACGAGGUUGUUGGUCAAACACAGGCAGGAGGAGAAGAGACUGAGACAAGAGGGGAAAGUGGACGACAUGGCUGCAUUCCUGGGACAGGCAGCUAGGGAGUUGAAACUGAGGGCUCUGCUGGGAGAGAGCCGGGAAGAGUUUGCCAGCAGACUGGAGACGCAGUUUGAAGAGUAUGAGAAAAGAGUCUUGCAGGGGCUUCCAGAGCCUGAUGAAGAACCUGAUGAAGAACCAGAGGCCGAAUCCAAAGUGUCCAAUCCCCUUGCUGAGUUACAGCAAAGGUUCUUCAACGAGCAGCAUGCCCUCAUACAUUGGCUGAGGGCAGACGGACAGAAUCUGUCCCUGAGGCGCCGUCUGCUUCAUCUCCUGAGCCUGAAAAGAGAGACAUAUUUGAUCAAAAAAGAGGAUGAUUUCCGCAGAUCAGCACUGGUGUUAGGACUGGUGGAGAGGAGUCAGGAAGCAAGAGAAAAGAGACAUAAGUCUGACCGAGAGAGACAGCAGCAUUUGGCCAGGCUUAGGGUGGAAAACAGGCAGAUUAUCAUUGACCGAGGAGAAAAAAUUGCCAAGGAGCUAGAUGACCAUGUUAGGCCUGAUAAAAAUGAUCUCCAAGCCAUGCAGGCGGCCUAUAUGAUGGAAAUGGACAAGAAGCAUUCAGAAGAACGUGAGAUUCUUCUCAAGAUUCUGAUGGACCCUGGUCUUGCGGACCUGCUGGAGGUGGCAGACACCAUGCCAGAUGAUGAGAAACAGAAGCGUCUCACAGAACUGCAGGGCAAGAAGAGACGUCUUGAUCUAAACAGUUUAUCUGACAGAGAGGAACACGUGUGUGUACUGGAGGAGGCAGCCGCCCUGAGGUCAGUGAUAAAGAGGCGCUACCUACAGGAGCAGACGACAACCGGAGGAGAGGUCGGCCAUGAUGAAGUCACCAGACGUCUGCUGGCGGAACUGCAGGAUGAGCAGGAUAGAGAGAGCGCCACAGUGCUGUAUUCACUGACACAGAAGGAUGCAGAUGACCUUGAGAUAGGUCACAGGUUAGAGAUCAGGGCACGCCACCAGGGGGCAGCAGAGAAUGUCUUCCUCGUGUUGACUAGGUAUGAAGGAACAUCUCCAGAUGAUGAAUUGCUCAAGGCAAUAGAGGACAAGUAUGACACCCUGAGAGACAAACUCCUGAUGGAACUCCUCAUGAAGCAGAUGGGAGAGGCGGAGUGGGCCAGCCUCAGCGAGAAGGAACGACAGCGCAGGCUCAUGCAACUGAAACUACAGGAGAAGAAGUUGCGGAGAGAAGGCAAAGAAGAUGAACUGCAAAAAUUAUUUGGUGACCUUCUCCAACAAGAAGAAAACCUGCGUAAGCUGAUGGGAGAUAACAAGGCGGAGUAUGACAGGAAACUCCGGGAGAGAUUGGCCAGGAGACAGAAGAGGAUUGAACAAGGUUUGGAUCCUGAUGAGGAUGAGGAUGGAGAUGGUCUAGAUGAGGAGGAGAGUGGACAGGGUGACCCCCUCAGUGACCUGAACAGCAGAAUGGAGGAGGAAAAGAGGGCGCUACUGGCAAGACUCCACGGUCUGAAUGAUGAAUACCUGAGUGAGCGUGAGAGGCAGGCAGAGCUGGUGAGACUGAGGAGAGAGGCAAAGAGAGCUGGGAAAGAGGAGAAUUUCCAGAAUGCUGCUCUCCUGAUAGGUCUGGCUGAGAGAAACCAGGCUACUUUAGCUGAGAGGCUGAAAAAUGAUCGCCAGAGACAAGAGCAACUUGCCAGAGAGCGUCUUGAAGCUCUGAGGAGACGGAGAGCACAGGGAAAGCUAGGAGAGGAUGACUCUGAGGAUAAAAUCGUGACAGAGGGAGACAGGACAGUCCUCCAGGAAGCAGUGUUAAACCUUCUGGAAAAGAAACACGCCAAAGAGAGGGAGCAAUUUCUGCAGAUGAUGGAGGACAAGACCAACCAGGAGCUACGUCUGCUGGCUGAGGCGAGCUCGGAGGAGGAGAGGAAGGAAAAACUGGCAGAGUUGAUGAAAGAAAGGGAGGCACUGAGACCAGAUGAUAAAGAUUCAAACAAUAAAAUUCUCCGUGAUGGCACAAUGGUAAAGAUCGAGAGUAGCAGGAUAUCUAUAGGAAGAGAGAGCGGAGCAGGGCAGGUAUCAGAUGAAGAAGUUCACACCUCUCUCAUGGCCGACCUCCAGGAACGACAAGACCAAGAAGCCAGCGACAUCCUCACAAAGUUCUCUAACACUAGUGAUGCUGACUUGGUCACAAUGCAGGAGUCAAUUGCGUUAGAGAAGAAGCAGGACAAAGGCGAGAACAUUGCCAGGGUUUUGUUCCACAGUAAGACAGGGGGAGGCAAGGCCAAGGAGUCCGACCUUCUCGAGGCUCUGGACGGCAAGUACGAAGAACUGAGGAAUAAGUUACUGAUGGAGGCCUUGGUUCAACAGGUGGGAGAAGCUGAGUGGAAAAACAUGAGUGAGCAGGAACGUCAGAGAAGAAUGAUGCAACUUCGUCUGGAAGAAAGGAGACUGAGGAAAGAAGGGAAACUGGAUGAGGCAUCUGCGCUGUUGGGAGAAGCACUCAAGAACAAAGAGACACUGGAAAAGUUAAUGGGAGACAGCAGGGCGGAACAGAAGCAGAAACUCAGAGAGAGGCUGGAGAGGAGGAGACAGAGGCUGGCAGAUGGAAUGUCAGAGGAAGAAGCCAAGAAGUUAGAACAGGAAGAAAUAGCACAGGAAGAGGAGGAAGAGAAAAAGAGAAGAAAUGUCCUUUUGGAUCUAGAACAUAGAUAUGAUAAGGAGAAAGAGGAAUUGCUGAACAGACUGCGUGGCAUGGGGGAUAAGAACUCUGCUGAGCGUGCUCGUCAGCUGGAGCUGGCCAGACUGAGGCGUGAAAUGAGAAAGGCGAAGCAGGAGGAGCAAUUUGAUGCAGCAGCCAUUGCACUGGGGCUGGCGGUGCAGGGAGAGAAAGCGAAAGAGCAAGAGAGACUGAGACAAGAAAAGCUUGCCAAAGAAAGAAUAGCUGCCAGGCGUAAGAAAGGGCAACAAAAAGGAGAGGAGACGACACCUGGACAGGAAGAGGAAGUGCCCCUGCCAGAGAAUGAGAAGGACCCCAUACUUAUGCAUGAGGCUGUUGUCAAGGAGAUGGAGCUGAAGCAUGCAAAAGAGAGGGAACUUUUGCUACAGAUGUUGCAAGACAUCAAUUCAGACCGUCGCCAAGAAGCAAAAGAAGCUUCAGAAGAGGACCGUCAAGACAAGCUGGAAGAGCUGCGAGAGCUGCGACAGCAGUGGCGAACAGGUGGCGCCACCAAUCCAGAUGACCAAAUGGAGCUGUUCAGAGAUGCUAUCCCAGUGAGACUGGAAAGUAAGCUCAGUCAGCUAGCAGCGGAGGGCAAACCCAGUAUUGAUGAAGAUGGAGAGGUAGCCAUGUUGGCUGAUCUACAGCAGAGACAGGACAUUGAGGCUACCAGUGUGAUAGAGGAACUGUCUACCAAGAGUCCAGAGGCCAUGAAGCAGAUGAAGAUGGUACAGGCCAUGGCCAGGCAGCAGCAGUGGAAUGAUAACCUAGCAACAGUGUUGCUAGGCGACAAGGGAGAACAGGAAGUGCCGCCAUCUAUUUCCUCAGGUGGCGCUGCAGUCAUGUCAGAGGAGGAGAGAGAGCUGGUGCAAGCUCUGGAGAAGAAGUAUGAUGCUGUCAAGGAUAAACUGUUGCUGGAGGGUCUGAUGAAGCAGUACGGGGAGGCUGAAUGGGCCAACUUGACAGAGCGUGAACGCCAGAGUAAACUGAUGAAGAUCAAGUUACAGGAGAGGAAACUGAGAAUUCAGGGCAAGGAGGACGAGGCUCUGGCUCUCAUUAACCAGUUGAUGGAGGCAGAGAAAGGCUUUCAGAAGAAGUAUGGAGACUCCAAAGAAGAACAAGAGAGAAAGUUUCGCGAGAGACUGGAGAGGAAGCGACAGCUGGUGGCACAGAGGCAGGCGGAGGGUCUGGAGACAGACGACGCCACCUUGGAGGGGAUUAUAGAGGAGGAAGAGGCCAGGGAGGUGGAGGAGGAGAACAAGAAGAGAAAGAACAUAUUGAAUGGUCUGCAGAUGUCCCUGGAGGCAGAGAAGCAGGCUCUCUUGGCCUCUCUACGCAAUCAAGACGAUCGCUACGCAGCAGAGAAACAGAGACAGCUGGAACUGGCCAAGUUGAGGCGUGAGAAGAAGCGUCUGCAGCAGGAAGACAAACUGGACACUGCCACUAUAUUGAUCAGCAUGGCCAAGCAGCAGGAGAAGGAUAGGGAGAAGAACUUCGUGACAGAGAGAGAUCGCCAGAAAGCUAUAGCCAAACAGAGGCUGGAAGCCAGGAGGAAGAAAAAACAGGAGGAGAAGGCCGAGGAGGCGGAGAGAGACCGCAAACAGAUAGAGGAUAAACUGAAGCUGGAGGAAGCAGAAAACAAGAUGAAGGAUAUGUUGGCUGAAGUCAGUGGGGGAGGCACUGCAGCCCUGCAAGACUCCCUGCUUGCUGAGGCUGAGCAGAAACAACAGGCUGAGAGAGAUGUCCUGAUGCAGCUCAUGCAGGCAGCAGAACAGGAUCCUGGCUGGGAGGCAGCAGGCGGCAUGUCUGUAGAGGAUUUGAAAGCCAAUUUGGAGAAGGUACGUCAAGAUCGUAUGAAAUGGCGCAGUAAGUGCCGCCAGACAGCCUUAGAGAGCAGGGAGGCAGACAUGAUGGAGGCAGAGAAAGAGCAGUAUCUGACAGAAGUGGCACAGAGCAGGUCUGAACAGUUCAAGCUGCUCACCACUGCCAUGGUGUUCAGGCUGCAAGCUGAGUACAAGACAAUUCUUGAGAAGAACCCCAAUGUUAGCCCUGAACGUGUCAAGGAAGACAUCUCCAUUGCUUUGCUAGCUGACCUGCAGCAGAAGCAGAAUGCUGAAAACAACGCCCUGGGCAAAAUUAUCUUAGAACAGGAUGACUCUAUGCUGAUAAAAGUGCAGCAAUCACAGCGUCGUGCAAAGCGCGAGGCGUGGAUGGACAAUCUUACGAACUCUCUGUUCACAAUGCUGCCAGAAAUGGAACCAAAUCGAGGCUGGGAAGAGAAGAAAUUGCAGGACUUGGAGAAAGAGUUUGAGAAAGAAAAGGAAGAAGUUGAAAAAAAGAAACAAGCAGGUGAAGAAGUAGAUGCUGAUGCCAUCUUGAAAGAACUUGAAGCACAGUAUGCUGCAAAGAGGAAGGCCAUGAAUGAAGCCCUGGACAGGCAGAGAGAGAUGUAUCUGAAGAAACUGGAGGCCAGGAGAGAGGCCAAGGAGAACCAGGAGUAUGAGGCAGACGCUGCCUUGGCCAUGUUAGAAGUGGCCCAGAGACAGGACAGCUUGAUAAAGGAGAAACAAGACCAAGAGAGAGACAGACAGGGGGGCAAGAUGCAGAGUUUGCUGGCAGCCAGACGUGAGGCCAGAAGAAAGGCGGAGGAGGAGGAAGAGGAGAGACGCAGGCGGGAAGCCACCAUGUCCUUGCCAGGAUCUGGUCUUAGAAGAGAAAAGACGGCAUUUGACGUGGCCAUCAGUGAUGACCAGAAGCAGGCUCAGGUCCAGAAACUGGUGCGAGACCAAGCCAAGGUUCAGCAGAGGUACCUGCAGGAACAGUCCCGCUUCUCUGAGAAGCUCAAAGCCCAGCUAGAGGAGAGAAAGCACAAACGAGAGAAUGAAGCCGAAGCCUUGAUGAGACUGGGAGAGAGACAGAAAACCAUUCUGGAAACCAGAAAGAAUCAAGACAGAGAACGCCAGAUCGCCAUGAUGAAGGAACGCAUUGAGAGGGUCAAAUAUGAGCGAACAAGGACAAUGAAGGAGAAAAGUGACCGCCAUGUCAAGCAGUUCAGCGACCUGGUCAAUGAUCAAGAUGUUCAGGACAUGACGGAGGAUGAGAGGAUGGAACUGGCUGCCCAGAAGAUGCAGGAGAAGUUUUUGGCGGAGGAGAGCGAGGCUAAAGAGGGGAAGAAAACUUUACUGACACCAGAGGAAGUAGAUGAAAAGGAACCUCUGGAAAAGGAAGCUCGACCCAAGACCUCCUCGAUGGAAGAGCGAAUGUCUAUGCUGAAAGAGAAACGGAGGAAGCGGAAGAAGAAGAGGGCUGAAGAGGGCGCCACAGGAGAGGAAGUGGAGGAGGAGGAGCUGGUGUCUGAAGUGUAA